CAAGAAUUUACUUACAGGCCAGAACAAGUCACUUUAUAAGGUUACAAUUAUCUUACAGCACCUAAAGAACAGGUAUAGUUUCAAGCAGGAACAUGCAAAUAUAAGAUACUUGCUAUUGGUGCUCAUACAUUCCCACGCCCAGUAUGUUUAAGAAGGAGUCUUCCACCAGUGGAACAUUGUGAAGGUUAUCUAUCUACCUGUGCUGAGGACCACAACAGCUUCUUCUACCUAACCAGACCAACAAUGCCGAUUUUUGUGGUGCACACAAACGUAUGCAGGGAUAACGUCCCUGUAGAACUUCUAUCUGAAGCUACAGCGAAAUUGGCCGAAGCUAUGGAAUUACCGGUUAAGUACUUUGCAAUAAAUAUAGUGGCGGACCAGUUGAUGACUUUUGGGGGAACGACUGCCCCGUGUGCUCACUGCUCCCUCAACAGUAUUGGAUCUUUCAGUGAGGAAAAGAACCUGCAGUAUUCCAAACUAUUGUGUGGACUGCUCAAAAAACACCUGGGUAUCUCCCCUGACAGGAUGUAUGUGGACUUCUUUGACAUGGAGCCACAAAAUGUGGCCUGGGACAACAAAACUUUCAAAGUUUUAAUCGACGCCAAGAAUGCUAAAACAUUAAAUGAGAAGUGAAUGCAUGCCCAGUCAAGUGACCUUUGAUGUAACAAUAAAUUGAACGCUGUUUAUUGUUA